CUCAUGUGACUGCCCUGGGACGAGAUCCCCAACGCUAACCUCCUUCUGGCAAUCACCCCCCCCACUACUCCACUAUUUUUUUUUUUGGCGAUAGAGAAUUCAGCAGAUGAUUGUCGAUUGCAGAUGAAGAUUCCUGGUUCGAAUGAUAGUUCUGCACCACCUGAUCCCCCGGUGAAUAGGGGACUCGACGACGAUCGAAAUGACGGAUGACUUUGAAACGGGGGACCUCUUCCAGGAUCCCGAGGACUUUUACGAGCCUGAAAAGGAACCUACCUUCGCCGAGCACCACAUGCUCUCCGGCCAGACUGUGCGCGUGCGCUUAGUCGGAGACCAUCCCCUUUAUGGCAACCUCCUCUGGAACGCUGGCCGAACAAGCUCCCACUACAUCGAAGAACGCGCGCACGACCUUAUUGAAGGGAAAGAUGUGCUCGAGAUCGGCGCCGCCGCCGGCGUCCCCAGCAUUGUCGCCGCGGUGAAGGGUGCCCGCACCUCCGUCAUGACCGAUUACCCAGAUCCCGAUCUCGUCGGCAAUAUGCGCUACAACGCGGAGAUGUCCGCGCCGUUAAUCCCCCCGGGCUCCUCGUUACACGUUGACGGAUACAAGUGGGGGAACCCGGUAGAACCGCUGUUGGCGUACCUCCCGGCUGGAUCGACGGGGUUCGAUGUGCUCAUCAUGGCGGAUGUGGUAUACAGUUACCCGGAGCACUGGAAUCUGAUCAAGACUAUGCAGAUGGCGCUGAAGAAAUCACCCAACUCAGUGGCCUUGGUGAUAUUUACCCCGUAUGAGCCGUGGUUUUUGCCCCGGACACAGACAUUCUUCCCGUUGGCCGAGCAGAAUGGGUUCCAGGUGACGAAGAUCUUUGAGAAGCUUAUGGAUGCGGUCUUGUUUGAGAAUGACCCUGGUGAUGAAAAGCUUAGGAGGACCGUUUUUGGGUACGAGCUUAGAUGGGCUGAAGAUCAACUAAAAUAGACGAGGCAUAGACUAGAUACCAUGGCGUUGGCUGGGAAAACAUAGCAUUGAGGUUACGCAAUGCACGAAGUGACGAAUCACGAAAUAAGUGUCGCUGACUUUUUCUGAAGUAUGAGUCCA